CAAACCCAAAAACCCCAAAACCCACAAGCGGGCAUAAGCCGAACAACAAAACCUUAAAACCUUUUCCGCCUCCCCUUUGCAAAGGUUGGAGCUUUUGUUGUUCCAAUGGCAGCCUUCGACCACUUCGGAGACAUGUACGAUGUUGCACUCAAACCAUGCUUACUUGCCACUCUCAUCAGAGAACAUCUCCCCACCGUCGACCACUCCUUUUCCAACCAUUCAGAACUCUCCAAAGUCGUCUCUUUAAUCAAAACACACUCUCUCUUAUCUGAAUCCGCGACAGAAUCAACGGACCCUAAAGUAGCUAAAGCUUGGAAAUCCUCUCUUACUUCAUGGCUCGACCGCAUUUUGCUUCUCCUUUCUAGCCAUUCGCCUGAUAAACGUUGGGCUGGAAUAUCUUUGCUAGGGGUUACUUGUGAAGAGUGCAGUAGUGAUCGUUUCCUCGAAUCUUACACUGUGUGGUUCCAGAAGUUGCUGACUUCUCUACAGUCACCGGAAGAUUCUCAUUUAGUAAGGGUGGCUGCUUGUGCUUCCAUAUCUGAUCUACUUGCAAGGUUAAGUGGAUUUCCAAAGCUCAAGAAAGAAGGGUCUGCCGCCGCUGUAAAAGUUGUUCAGCCUGUUCUAAGGUUGUUACAUGACGACAACUCAGAGGCAAUAUGGGAAGCUGCUGUUCAUGUGUUGUAUACUUUGAUAACUUCAUUCCCAUUUUCUAUUCAGCGUCAUUAUGAUAGUGUUGAAGCUGCUAUUGCUGUUAAACUUGUGUCUGGAGGAUGCAGUCAUGAUAUGAUGAAGAAACUAGCACAUUGCCUAGCAUUACUUCCAAAAUCAAAAGGAGAUGAAGAAAGCUGGUCUGUGAUGAUGCAGAAAAUUUUGAUUUUAAUAAAUGAUCAAUUAAAUUCAACAUUUCAAGGUGUAGAAGAAGAAACCAUAAGAAAAGAGUUCAAUAAUUUGUUGUUUAUGCCUGGGAAACAACCUCCACUACCUUUAGGAGGCAAUGUAUCAACAGAAGAAGCUAAUAACAACGCAACAAAAAGGUCUAAAAAAUCACGAACAUCUGACGUCCCUAUACUUAUGUCUGGCUGUUGCAUGCUGCUCACAAAUACAUAUCCAGCUAAGGUUAAUGUACCUGUUCGCCUAUUAUUGUUUCUUGUCGAGAGAAUUCUGAUGGUAAAUGGCGCUCUGCCAGAAAUGUCAUUGCCAUUCAUGACCGCCUUACAACAAGAGAACAUUUGUUCAGAACUUCCAGCUUUGCAUAUGUGUAGCUUGGAAUUGCUUACAGCUAUUAUAAAGGCCACAGGCAGUCAACUAUUACCACAUGCUGCUUCUAUCUUACGUAUCAUUACAAAAUACUUCAAGACAUGUGCGCUGCCAGAAUUAAGGAUUAAAGUCUAUUCAGUUGCAAAGACUCUGCUCAUAUCCAUGGGUGUUGGAAUGGCUUUAUGCCUGUCGAAAGAAGUUGUCAACAAUGCUAUUGCUGAUUUGAGUACCAUAGAGAAUAAGAAUGGAGGCACAUUGAAUGGUUCUAAUACAGAUGUCUCCACUGUAGCGCCGCAACCGGCACGUCAUCGAAAAAGGAAGCACAACAAUACAACUGGUUCUCUUCUGGAAAAUGACGCGAGUAGUGGUUUAGUAGUAGAAGUUCCAAAGAAAUGUCACGCGACUCCAAUUUCUCUAAGGGUAGCUGCGCUUGAGGCAUUAGAGGCUCUUAUUACUGUGGCUGGCGCUUUAAGAUCGGAACAGUGGAGACCCCAAGUCGAUAGUCUUUUAAUAGUCAUUGCAAUGGAUUCUUUCAGAGAAGGUUCAUCUAGUGAAGAAAUAAAUGUGUUUCAGAACAAGGAUCCUGCUGCAACUGCCACAGAUUUGCAGCUUGCUGCAUUUCGUGCUCUUUUGGCGUCUUUUCUUUCAGUUACUGCACCACAGACCCCUUAUUUAUCCCAGGGCCUUGAACUUUUCCGUAGAGGAAAGCAACAAACUGGAACAAAGCUUGCCGAGUUCUGUGCGCAUGCUAUGUUAACCUUGGAAGUGCUUAUACAUCCCAAGACAUAUCCACUGGUUGAUUAUGUCCGUCCAAACAACAAUACUUAUGAAGAAGCUAAGGUCAGUUUCCGAGAUGAAUAUUUUAGCCGCAACAACCCGUUUGGUUUGCCUGAAGCAAAACCUCCUGUCCGUGAUGAAAUCACUGACUAUUUGAUAAACGAUGAUGAUGACUUGGGUGUGUUAUGGACUGAAAGUACAAAAGACACCAACAAGUCUUCUGAAAUGGUAACACCCCUACCUUCUAGCACGGACAUCCAAGAGAGCAGCGAGAUAGUACCCGAGAUUGCCACAUAUACAGAUGUUGAGAUGAGAACCGUCAAUAAUGAUACUGUAUUCAAAUCAGAUCAUCCUGGAGAAUCCAUCACGCAAUAUCAAGAACCCGUCGCUUGCACCACAAGCAAUCCAGUCGUCAUUGACACCCACGGUGAUGCAGCUACAGAUAUAGAGUCGGAGAGGAUUGUUUCAGACGACACCAUACCUCAUAAUGAAGCCAAUCAUGUGGAAUCAGACCAAGGAAGUUUAGGCGAUAAAGGCUUUGAAUUAGCUUCCCUUAGCAAAAGUUCAGUGCAAACAUCAGACUCUAAUAUGGUUCCAGAAUUUGCAUUUAAGAUAAAUUAUGGAAAGUUAUUGGAUGAUGUUGAUGAUCCUUUUCCUGAUAUUGUGGAUGGAGACCCAGAUUCUGAUUCUGGUUCAGAAUAAGGGGAACUGUUUUGCAAUUCUUUUUAUUUAAAGCACAUUCAGGGUAGUAGUAACUCCUGUAAUGCAGUAUGCAAAUUUUGAAUGACCAAAAAUAUAUUUAAUUUCUUUUUUAAAUGGUUGUGAA